GUUUUACACUUGUAAAUCUAAUUGGAGGGAAGAAUAUGUGCAGUUAAUUUAAUUCCACCAUUACUGGUGGUACCUUCACGAACAAGACUCGAAACUCACCUUCGCGGCUUAUCCGCCCCCUCUCUCUCGCCCUCUCUCUCACCCUCGCCCUCACCCACCCAAACCCCCAUAGCGCUGACUAGCAGUUGAGAGCAAGAAAAAUCCAAUCUGGAUUUCUUCUCCCUCGUCGAUGAGACCCCAUGUCAAAGAUGAAGCAUUUACUCCGGAAACUUCACAUCGGCGGUGGCGUAACCGAUCCCCAUCAUCACCCGCACCACCGCCCACCACCGAUUGAUCCGCCGCCGUUUCGGGAAUCGGACUCCGCGUUGACUCCGGCUUCGUCCUCCUCCGAAACGACGCCGUCCUCGUCCGCCGCAUUGCCCAGGGUUGGGGAAUCGAAUUCGGCGUCGGAUUCGGCCCCGGAUUUCAAUUACUUUGAGGAGGAGUUUCAGGUCCAAUUGGCUUUGGCGAUCAGCGUUUCCGACCCGGAUUCCCGUGAAGAUCCGGAAACAGCUCAGAUCAAGGCUGCACAGCAGAUUAGCUUGGGAUGUUCACCUUCCGAGACCCUCGUCGAAUUUCUGUCGCUUCGUUACUGGAACUACAAUGUUGUAAAUUAUGAUGAGAAAGUGAUGGAUGGGUUCUACGAUGUUCAUGGAAUUAAUUCAAAUGCAGUGGUUCAAGGAAAAAUGCCACGCUUAGUGGAUCUUGAAGCAAUUUCUGUUUCAGAUGAUAUUGACCAUGAAGUCAUCUUAGUGAACCGGGCUACUGAUGUGGAACUGAGACAGCUGGAGGAGAGAGUGUCCUUUAUGUCAAGGGAGUGUCGGGCUUUAAUGAAGCUACCCCUUUCAAAUAUCAUGAUUCAGAAAAUUGCUGCUCUGGUUGUUGAUAGAAUGGGAGGCUCUGUUAAUGAUGCUGAGGAAAUGUCUAGGAGGUGGAUUGCCAGGAGUUUUGAAUUGAGGAUUUCUUUCAACUCUAUUGUACUCCCCCUUGGCUGUCUUAAUGUUGGACUUUCUCGGCAUAGAGCCUUACUUUUUAAGGUACUUGCUGAUAGAGUCAACCUUCCGUGUAAACUAGUCAAAGGGAGUUACUAUACUGGGACUGAUGAAGGAGCUGUUAAUUUGAUAAAACUUGAGAAUGGAAGUGAGUAUAUAAUUGAUCUAAUGGGUGCACCGGGUACCCUAAUUCCUGUUGAAGCACCCAAUUCUCAAUUUCAGAGUCAUGCAUUAGAUAUAAAGAGUGUUGUACCUAUUCCUGGUAGCAGUGCUAUCAAUUCACUUCCAGUAACUUAUGGAGGAAUGGAUGUUGAACUGGAUUCACGUCCUGCUGAUGUAACUGCCAAUGCUAGGCCUGCAAGUUCAAGAAAUUCCAUUAUGAGCAUUGAAUCAAAAGGGGAACCACUAGGUGCUUUAGAUAGCACUCCAUGCAAGAAGGUUACAUAUGGUCCUGGAAAUCUUCUUCCAUUACUUAGCAGCUCAUCUGAAAGUUCAGCACUUUAUACUGACAAUUCAUCAGUUCAGCAGGCUUUUCAAGUUAACAAUGUUUCUGAUUAUGUCAGCAAUGUUGGUCUUCAAAACGUUUUUCCUAAGAGUAACAUUUAUAUGCCCUCAAAUGUGGUUUUAGUAGAAGAGAAAGGAGUUGGAGAAGAUCAUUUAUCAGAAAAAUUGGUUGUUGAUACUGGAGUAUAUCAAAAAAGAAAUGAGCAUUCUAUUGUACCUUUUGCUGGAGUACAGUUUCCAAAACAGCUUGAAAAUAAUGCAUCUACUGAUGCUUCAGGGGACAAGUACUACAGGGAGAAGGCUGGAAAUGUUAUUGGUAAUAAUUGUAAUGAGAAAGAGUCCUGUCUGAAGGUGACAGAAGUGGCAAGUUACUUCCCAUCCAAGUCUUACACUGUGCUCAAAGAACAAGUUGAUCCCCUGCUACUUGGGGUGGCAGAUUGGGAAAUUCCUUGGGAGAAUCUUCAGAUUGGUGAACGCAUUGGUAUUGGGUCAUAUGGUGAGGUUUACCAUGCUGAAUUGAAUGGCACGGAGGUUGCUGUGAAGAAAUUCAUGAAUCAGGACAUCACAGGCGAUGCACUAGAACAGUUCAAAUGUGAAGUUGAAAUUAUGUUAAGGUUGAGACAUCCAAAUGUUGUCCUCUUCAUGGGAGCUGUCACUCGCCCCCCAAAUCUAUCUAUACUAACUGAGUUUCUACCAAGAGGGAGUUUAUAUAAGCUAUUGCAUCGUUCAACAAUUCAACUUGAUGAAAGAAGACGAAUGCGGAUGGCUUUUGAUGUGGCAAAGGGAAUGAACUAUUUGCAUACAAGCAAUCCUAUGAUUGUGCAUCGAGAUUUGAAGACUCCAAAUCUACUUGUUGACAAAAAUUGGGUUGUGAAGGUUUGUGAUUUUGGGAUGUCUCGAAUGAAGCACCAUACAUUUCUCUCCUCAAAAUCUACAGCUGGGACAGCUGAAUGGAUGGCACCAGAAGUUCUGAGGAAUGAACCAUCGAACGAAAAGUCUGAUGUGUACAGUUUUGGUGUAAUUUUAUGGGAGUUAGCCACUCUGCAAGUACCUUGGUCAGGGAUGAACUCAAUGCAGGUUGUUGGAGCUGUAGGUUUUCAGGGUAGACGACUCAGCAUUCCCUCUGAGGUUGAUCCCACGGUUGCAGAGAUUAUAAGUGACUGCUGGAAACAAGAUCCACAGGCACGACCUUCGUUUGCACAGAUCAUAAACUGGCUCAAGACUUGUCUUCAGCAUCUAAACAUCAAGGAAGCAGAAACUCGUACAUAUCAGCGCCAAUAAUAAAGAGGUUAUGUUUUUACAAACACAUAAACUAGGAGCCAGCCAGCCAGCAAAGAAACAUUCAACAUUCAACAAGAUGGUGGUGGAUUGAAAGGUGUUAGGGUUCAUUCGAAGUGGGGACUCAACACCGCCAAUUCAUACACAACCAAGCCGCAUUGUAUCCUUCAUAUCUGAGGCUGCACCAAGUGCGGUCCAAAGUCGAAAAAACAAAAAAAAAAAAAACAAAAAACAAAAAAUCAAAAAACAAAAAAAAAGGUCAUUUUGAUUUUCAGUAGGAUUUAGGGUUAGUGAAGGUGUGGGUCCAGCCUGCCAUUAUGCAAGCAAGCAAGCAAGCCCCUUCAAAGGAGGUGGGUUGAAUCUGUGGAGGUCAUUAAGGAAGCAAUUGUAAACAAUUGGCCUCUACAGAUUGUACCAAUACAAGAAUAAUUCAAAAUCAAGAAUAUUUUUUUGUUCUCUUUUUUUAA